AUGCAGCGAGGCCACAGGUGUAGCGACCAGCUCCUCUUUACGCGACGUCUGCGCCGACUUUUCGCUUGUGCCCACGAACGCCAACGGCUGCGUCACCACUACCAGAGCGAUGAGUCUCUGUCUUGGUUUCAUGCGUCAUCGCGUCCAAUACAGGCAUUGCAUCACCUUCGCUCACCACAAACGAGCAUAUCGAAACUUGCCUGGGUACCGGCGUCCUUCGCCGAAGAGGCUGACGGUGCCCCUCCGCAAACGAACCCAGAAGAUCGGUCACGUGAGUGCGCACCAUCGCAUCUCGCGACACCACCGGGACGCCCGCCUCCACUGGCUCACCCCGCCGCGCCGCAAGUGUCCUUUCUCAUGAAUGCAUCCUUCCUGCAUGAAACCUGCCUUUUCUUGCUGCUCCUGCGCCACCCGCUGCCAAGCAGCUCACUGGCUCAGCUGAGAACCCUGUCGGAGCUGGAGCCUCUGCAGGUCAACAGUCACGGCACUGUAGCCGCGGAGACUACACACUACAUUCUGCAGAAUGGUCUCUGGCGUUCGUGUUCACCGCGUUCUGUCGAGGCAACGUGGCUCAGGGCAGCCACCCCCGCCAUCGACGUUCAACUCGAGCUUGGCUCCGUCACAGACCCCACUACCGGGCAAGAGCAAGCGCCUGAUGAUAACGUAGAUGAGCGCGGCGACGCUCGUGAGCCAGCAUUGGCGCGUCUCUGCAGCCGCGACUACCUUGAGCAUCUCAUUUGGCCGACGCAUGCGGCGGGGGCCGGGAGGCCUGAGCUUGUCGCGGACUGCGUGUGGGUUGAUGUGUCGAGCGUGCGCUCGCACGCUCUUCACUCUUACAAUGAUGCCUUCUGGGUACCCUUCAGCACGAGCCACAGCUUUGCCGCGUGGCACUGCGCGUCCCUGUGUGCAACGCUAGACAGCCAGUACGCUGCUGCCAGUGUGGAGGCGUGGAGGUGGGCAGGUGACCUGUACGUGUACGACUGA